AUGCCUGUGGACUUGACAAAGCUUCCAACAGAGUGGUAUGGAAUCCCACUAUGGAAAUCUUCUCCAGAAACAAAAGCUCCAGAACCUAGGUUCUUGGUUCCACCAGGUCUAGAACAUUUGAGCAAGCUACAGCACAUCAUUAUUCACCAAGAGGUGGAACUUUUGGGAGCUAUUCUUGGAACUGAGAAGAGCAAUAAGUAUGAAAUAAAAGAUAACUUUGGACAAAGACUUUAUUUUGCAAGAGAGGAAAACGUCUACCUCAAUAAAAACUUGUGUGGACCAUUGCGACCUUUCACCAUGCACAUUGCUAAUAACACAGGCCGGGAAGUAAUCACAGUUAUUAGGCCCUUGAGGUGCAUUACUUGCUGUUUUCCCUGCUACUUGCAAGAGCUCGAAGUACAAGCUCCUCCUGGGACAACUGUUGGCUUUAUUAUCCAGAAAUGGGAUCCUCUUCUGCCAAAGUUCACAAUUCAGAAUGAGAGUAAGGAAGAUUUAUUGAAGAUUGUUGGUCCAUAUCUAACAUUUCGCUGUUUAGGUGAUGUCAAUUUUGAGGUGAAAACAUUAAAUGAAAAAUCAAUCAUUGGGAGGAUUUCCAAAUACUGGUCUGGAUUUGUAAAUGACGUGUUCACUAAUGCUGAUAACUUUGGAAUAGAAUUUCCAGCAGACCUUGAUGUGAAGCUGAAAGCUGCUUUGAUUGGCACCUGCUUUCUUAUUGACUUGAUGUACUUUGAGCAAUCUUCCGAUAGCAUAUGAAGAUUUUAAAAGGAACUGCUUAUUGUGCUAAAGAAACAGAACUGAUGAAAGAAUUAUAGAAAAAAGAAAACAUGCAGGA